ACCUCUUCUCCUUCAACUGGAGGAAUGAUCCCAUCUUCCGAUGCAUCUCAAGGGCAUGCUGCUGAUCGACCCUCCUCGCAGCAGCAAAAUUAUCAGAGACAAGCUUCUUCGAAUCGGAUGCAGCAGCAGGGUUGGAAGACAGAAAAGAACCUGAAAUUUUUGCUGCAGAAAGUUUUAAAGCAAAGUGAUGUUGGUAAUCUGGGAAGGAUUGUGUUGCCUAAAAAAGAAGCAGAAAGCCAUCUCCCAGAGCUGGAAUCUAGGGAUGGAAUUUCAAUCGCCAUGGAAGACAUUGGAACAUCUCGUGUUUGGAAUAUGCGCUAUAGGUUUUGGCCAAACAACAAAAGUAGAAUGUACCUUCUUGAAAACACAGGAGAUUUUGUGAGAGUGAAUGGCCUUCAAGAGGGAGAUUUCAUUGUGAUCUACUCGGACACAAAAUGUGGCAAAUAUAUGAUACGAGGAGUAAAGGUACGACAGCCAGGAAUGAAAUUAGAGGUCAAGAAACCCACGAGGAGAAACACGCGCAAUUUAUGCGGUGCUGAUCAGGGAUCGUCACUUGCAUCUAUCGAACAAGCCGUGCGAUGAAACAGUACGAUGAAGAAGACCCUCUCAAAACGUUAGAACAAAUUGGAUAUUCUCGACUCCUGGCACUUAAUUUCGAGACUCUAAUUUCUGUGAAUCAAAUAACGUUAGAACAAAUUGGAUAUUCUCGACUCCUGGCACUUAAUUUCGAGACUCUAAUUUCUGUGAAUCAUCUUCUAUUUGAUCGGUCCUUUCACUGACGAAGAGAAAGGAGUUAAAGGCUUUAGUAAAGAAUCGUGGAAUCGAGAAUGAAGUUUUUUUUGAGCGUUUCUGAUCACUCAUUUGCCGGCUGUAGCAUCCUUAUCUUUGUAUUUGUAUUACUACAGACAAUCAAUGUCAUGUUGUUAUUAUAACUGUACUUAUGUAGUUUUGUUGUGUAAUCUAUAUGAAUGGAAACAAAAUUUCUUAGUUUA